CCCCCCUCCCCUCCUCACCCCCCCCCAUUAUCCUUCCCCACCGCCCCUCGGUCCCCCUGGGUGGGGGCUCCCACUGGUCCCUCACCUGUUUGUUCCCCCCUCCCUUGUUCCUGACACCGCUCCGGCCUGCCCUGGACACCCGCAGUUACACAUGAAACACAGACCAGAGCUAAGGAGGUAGAUUGAGGUGCGAAACUUUGGAGGAGGGUGUACUUGGCCUCAGAGACAGAGAAGGAUAAUACGAUUUGGCUGAUACUUCAACACUGCAGGAAAUUGUUGCCUGUCUCCCUACCAACAAUAGUGUCAGGCAACGAUAGGAAACGCUGUAACAUCAACUGGUGACAGAAACCUGCUUGUACAUCUCUCCCUAAAUCUAUUUUUAAAAAACACCGCAAGGUGUGUCACUGCCCGAAUACACUGAACGUGAGGAAUCCUUGAUAGUAAACCAACACCACCAUGGACCCUAAAGUUACCGAAGGCGGGCUGAAUGUUACCCUUACCAUCCGACUGCUGAUGCAUGGGAAGGAUGUGGCGAUAUAAAAUUCAGAUUGAUGUUUAUCGGUGAGAGGAGCAAAUGUCAUAGUGGGGAAGUCGUGGUUACACUUAUCAGGGGAUGACACGUGGCACUUGUUAAGGAGGUUGGAAGCAUCAUCGGAAAGAAAGGUGAGACUGUGAAAAAGAUGCGUGAAGAGAGUGGUGCACGCAUUAAUAUUUCUGAAGGAAAUUGCCCUGAGAGAAUUGUAACCAUCACAGGCCCAACUGAUGCAAUAUUCAAGGCAUUUGCAAUGAUCGCCUUUAAGUUUGAAGAGGACAUAGAUAAUUCAAUGUCGAAUAGUACAGCCACGAGUAAACCACCUGUGACCCUGCGACUUGUUGUACCAGCUAGUCAGUGCGGAUCACUGAUUGGAAAAGGAGGUUCCAAGAUCAAAGAAAUUCGCGAGUCGACAGGGGCUCAAGUCCAGGUGGCAGGGGACAUGCUGCCUAAUUCCACUGAGCGUGCUGUGACAAUCUCUGGGAUGCCAGAUGCUAUCAUCCAGUGUGUGAAGCAAAUAUGUGUGGUGAUGCUGGAGGUAGAGUAUAAGUCCCCACCGAAAGGUGCCACCAUCCCCUACCGCCCAAAGCCCGCCUCUGCCCCCGUCAUUUUUGCAGGUGGCCAGGUAAGAGCAGAUCCCCUCUCGGCCUCCGCAGCCAACCUCAGCCUCUUACUGCAGCACCAGCCACUGCCUGCCUAUACAAUUCAGGGACAGUAUGCCAUUCCACACCCAGAUGAUGCGUGCCUCUUGUCGGCUGAGUAUAAAGCGGCGCUGGCAUCGACCUUGUGGAGAAGUCCGCAGCUUACUCACCCAUCCUCCCAGCUGAAGGAACCUGCAUGGAGACCAGAGUCCUUGAGAGGAAAAAUGGAAAUAAAAAACUGUAAUGAAGAAUCGGGAACCUGGGGUUUGGAUGCCAAUCCCCCGGCCAGUACUCAUGAACUCACCAUUCCCAAUGAUCUAAUAGGAUGUAUAAUCGGCAGACAAGGCAGCAAAAUCAAUGAGAUCAGACAAAUGUCUGGGGCGCAGAUUAAAAUAGCUAAUGCAGCAGAAGGCUCAACGGAACGCCAGAUUACUAUUACUGGAUCCCCUGCCAACAUAAGCCUUGCACAGUACCUCAUUAAUGCAAGGCUAACAUCUGAAGUCUCUGGAAUGGGCACACUUUAAUUGUUUCCUCAUCUCCCUCUGCUAUUUGUGUCAUGUUACCCACUUACAUAAACCACAAGCAACCUGCUAUCACACCCUGUUUGUAAAAUUUGUAUAUUACCGUCCUGCCUCAUAGACAAUACUUAGAAUGUUGAAUUUUAAAGAAUUAUUCUGAAGUUCUUUUCUAAUUCCAAUCCUUUCUGGCUAGACCCUCCUUUCCCAUUGCUUCAUGCUUUAAUGUAGGUUUUUUGGUUCCACAUUUACUUAAAUUAACUAUUGCUUGCAAAAAAUGUAUUUGCAGACUAUUUCUUCUGUAUACUUUUUAGUUCAGUAAUUACUGGUAACAUGAUUGCAACCUCUUUUUAUAAAAAAAAAAUAAACCUUGAUGUAAUCCAAUUAUUUGUAGUUGUUCUAUUUGGUUAUAAUAAAGGAAGGCACAUGACUGGCUAUGUGCUGAAAUACAACCUGUCACUAAA